UGUCUAUGUGUGUGGCGCUGCGUGUCGACUGUCGAAUGUCGAGUCGAUUGUGAUUUGCAUUACCUACUGUUUUUUUAUAAAGCGCUAAUCUAAUUGAUUUCGUUUCUUUAAUUAAGUAUAUACGUAUAUAAAUAUCUUACGACACAUCAUAAUAUUAUAUCAAAUUUGGUUUUAAAACUUGAGCUGACACAAUGGCAGAUAGUGAUGACGAGUAUGAUCGUAAAAGACGCGACAAGUUUCGUGGAGAAAGAGGUGCUGCUGAGGGAAGCAGCUACAGAAGUAGUGAUAGAAGAGAAGAAAGAAGCCGCGGCCGGGAGGAAUGGUCUGACAGAUCUCGCGGAGGUCGUUCUGGUCCUGACUAUAGGGAUUAUCGUGGUGGGGCGAGUGUUAGUAGAGGAUUUUCCCCAGUUAGAGGUGAGGGGCCACCUAGCAAGCGCAUUCGACCAGAGUGGCCCAGUGAAGACAGGAGGUAUGGUGGAAUGCCACAUGAUUCAUAUGGAUCUUAUGGCUGGGCUCAUGAUCACUUUGGACCUCAUCCGGCUCAUCAAGGCUAUGGUCAGCCUAUGCCACCAGUACCAGCAAGGGAUGCUGUGCUGCCGAUGGGCCCCACUGAUGGUCCUACCAACAUGAUGUCCUUCAAGGCAUUUUUGGCUGCUCAAGACGACUCCAUCACUGUUGAUGAUGCCAUUCUGAAAUACAAUGAAUACAAACUUGAGUUCAGAAGACAGCAACUUAAUGAGUUUUUUGUUGCACAUAAAGAUGAAGAAUGGUUCAAGAUUAAAUAUCACCCUGAAGAGUCUGUGAAGCGUAAAGAGGAACAACUAGUCGCUUUAAAGAACCGUCUAAAUGUCUUCCUUGAACUAUUAGAGCAAGGAGAACUGGAAAAGGUGACUGUUGACGUAGAUAAAUCUGAAAAGCUAAUACGCCUACUUGACACGGUAGUUAUAAAGCUGGAGGGUGGCACGGAAGAAGAUUUAAAAGCUCUUGACGAUCCUGUGCCAGUGGAAAUUACGAAUGACAAGCAAGAUAAAAAUGACACUGACAAAGCUGUAGUCAUCGACGUAGACGCAGUGAAAGUGAAAGAAGAAAACGAUACGCAAACUAAAGAUAAGGAGAAGAAGGCAGAGUCUCCCAAACCCACUGCACCUCUGACAAUGGAGAUCGACCCACAUCUGCGCCAACUGCAAGAGCAAGCCAAAUUGUUCUCCAGAUACAACUCUGUCCCAGGAGAAGAAGGAGAAACCGAAGAAGUGCCUGAAAAAGAACCCCCGCCGCCGGGUUCUUCGUCCAGCUCAUCAUCAUCCAGCUCCUCAUCAUCGAGUUCUGAAGACGAGGGAGAAACCACAAGUCGGCGUAAAUCCAAGUCCAAGUCUAAAUCGAAGACGCCCGACAAGUCCCCGAAGGAAAAAGAGCGAUCCAAAUCGCCGAGCGUAGAAAAAAAUGGUGAUAACAAAGAGAAAGACGCAAGUGGUGAUAAAACUGAACAAACCAAUGACGUCAUAGUAGAAAAGAAGGAAUCGCGAGCUCUGCACAAAACUACAUCGAUAUUUUUGAGAAACUUGGCACCUACCAUUACAAAGGCUGAAGUUGAAGCAAUGUGCAAGCGUUACGGCGGUUUUCUCCGCGUGGCGCUGGCCGACCCGCUUCCCGAGCGUCGCUGGUUCCGCCGCGGGUGGGUCACAUUCCGCCGUGAGGUCAACAUCAAGGACAUCUGCUGGAACCUCAACAACAUACGGCUCCGGGAAUGCGAACUAGGCGCGAUAGUGAACCGCGACUUGCAGCGUCGCAUCCGGCCAGUGUCGGGCGUGACGCUCGAGCGCGUGGUGCUGCGGGCCGACGCGCGGCUCGCGGCGCGUCUGGCGCACCACCUCGACACCAGGACCAAGCUCUGGCUGGAACACUCGCAGCCCAGCGACGCCUCCCAACCUGCGGAGAAAGAGCAAGAGUCUAAUAACUUCAGCCUGAAUUCGAGAAAUCCUGUACUUCACAAGAUAACAGAGCAUCUUAUCGAAGAAGCAUCUACAGAAGAAGAUGAGCUUUUAGGGCUGGAGGCCUCCUCAGAGUCCAUGGUCCAGGAGCAGACAGAUCCUGACCUGGUCCGCGUAUUGGACAGACUCGUGUUGUACCUGCGUAUAGUCCACUCGGUGGACUAUUACAACCACUGUGAAUAUCCCUAUGAGGACGAGAUGCCCAACCGGUGCGGCAUCAUGCAUGCGCGCUCUGGUGCCCCUGCCACUAAGCCCUCUCAACAAGAAAUACAGGACUACAUCAGGGCGUUCGAAGGGAAGAUGUCUGCUUUCCUGCAAGACGUGAAGCCUCUGAGUGAUGAGGAAUUGCAAAAACUUGGUAUCAAAGACUCAGAAGCAGAAGUAGAAAAGUUUAUUCAAGCGAAUACGCAAGAACUAUCUAAAGAUAAGUGGCUGUGUCCCCUCAGUGGCAAGAAAUUCAAGGGACCAGACUUCAUAAGAAAACAUAUCUUCAACAAACAUGCAGAGAAGGUGGACGAGGUGCGGCGCGAGGUGGCGUACUUCAACGCGUACGUGCGCGACGUGCGGCGCCCGCAGCAGCCCGAGCCGCCGUCCCGCCCCGCGCCGCCGCCGCAGCACGCGCCGCCGAUGCACAUGUACAGCGGCGGGGGCGGUGGCGGAGGCGGUGCACGCGGCUGGGGCUGGGGCGGGUGGGCGCCGCCCGCGCCCUACGCCCCCCGACACCCGCGCUUCUCGCGCCCCAGGGGCGGAGGCGCUGAGUUCCGCCCGGUGAUACACUAUCGGGAUUUGGACGCCCCCCGCGAACCUGACGAGUUCGUUUAACGUGGACCAACACCGUCUUGCCAAAGGAGCCACUUGAAAAUAUGGACCCGUUGUCUAUAUGCAAACGUUUUCAAUAGCUCUAUGUAAUCCGUCGGCAAAUUGUUUAGCUACUAGUAAUAUUAAAAUAUAGUAAGUAUUUUUCAAAACAAGCUUUUAAAGUGACACCAUUUUGUUUAGUCGUCAUACCUGUAUUAUUGAAAUGACUGACACGCCUUUUUUGAGUGUCCGCCAUGUUGGAUUUAGAAUGACGUCACUUAGCGAACCAUGCAUUGUCUUCAAAACUAAACGGAUGUUAAAAAAAUUACUCCAUCAGUUGGUGAUAAUUGCUAUAAAAUAGUGGUUUUAGAUUUUACUUAAGCAAACUUUACUAGUUAAAACCUACAAAACAACAUUACAGUAUUCCUAAGCGAGUUACCUCGGUGUAUUUAAUAUCUUGAUUAUAUAUAUUGAAAGCGUUUGUUAAAAUAGUUUAGGUACAUUGUACUAGAGUUAUAGUUUUGAACUGUAUAAUUUAGAGGUUUAGGAAGGAAUGGUAUAUUUUAAAUACAUAUCGCUUUGUGUUCAAAAUAAAUGAAUAUUAAGCAC